CAAGAGAUGUGUAGAACGGGUGUGUGGGUGUGGUGUAUUACUAAUGGGGGGAAACAGUAGAUGGUGUUGCGACUUCUCUGCUACUUGGACAAAAUCAGGUCUGUGACAACGGGAUCGGAAGUAUGAGAACAGGACUAGACGGAGAACCUCUAAGAAACGCCACUCUGAAACCCUUUCCUCCUGUUCUUCGUACACACGCAAACCUGGAAUGCUGGCACGCUGGAAAAAAACUCCAUCCUCACGCAUUCACCGAAAACCUCCCUGUUGAUGGCAAAUUGCGACUCGGAGAAGCCUCCCCGCGUUUCUGGCCACCACCCGGAGACACUUUUUCGUCGGAGCCAGCCAAUGGGAGUCCGCGGCCGUGUAAGCAGCACCAGCAGCGCCGGGAGAGUAUACUGCGCAGCCGGAUAGCAACAGCAUCUUCUUCCGCGCACAAUGGAGAGAGGAAGCAAGAAAAAAGCGGUAGGCCGAUCGUCGCGUGAUUACGUAAGCUUACUGUUUUAUUACGUAAGCUUACUGUUUUAUUACGUAAGCUUAGUAUUACGUAAUGAUCUGCUGAUUACGGCGGGUGACAUGUAUUGUUGAGCUUAUAACUACAAUA